UGUGUUGCAGGUGGUGGCUGGUUGUGUGCCAAUCUAAACACUACAGCUAAACACAAAGCACCCGGCGCUGGAACCCCUGUUGGGCCCCCUCCCCUGGUGGACGCCCCUCCCCCCUCCCCCAGAGAGAGCAGCAAAUGCCCAACUCCAGGAUGUAACGGUACGGGGCACGCCACUGGUCUCUACUCCCACCACCGCUCCCUCUCAGGCUGCCCCAGGAAGGAUAAAGUCACCCCUGAAAUCCUCGCGGCGCACGAGACCAUCGUCAAGUGCCCGACGCCCGGGUGUUCGGGCCGCGGCCACGUGAACCAGUCCCGGCACUGCCACCGCUCGCUGUCCGGCUGUCCCUUGGCCGCCGCGUCCAAGCAAGCAGCGCGCCACGCCCGCCAACGCAUGGCCCUGCUGCAGCAGCCCCACGUGCCGCUCCAGCAGACAGCAGCAGCAGCAGCAGCAGCAGCAGCCGCCACGUCAGACUGCCUCCUGAGGCCCGUGUGUUUCGUGAAGCAGCUGGACUUCCCCCAGGCGCCGCUCCCCUUGCUGCCCGCCGCCCCCCUGGCAGCCGCCCCCGCUUCCACCCAGGCCCCAGCAGCCUCCGCCGCGCCCCACCAGCCCUCCGCCCACCGGCCCUCGUCCUCCACCACUAGCGACGCCCCCCAGCCGCCGCCGCCGCCGCCGCCGCCGCCGCCGCCGACGCCUGUGGUGGUGAAGACCGAGGCCAGCGUCACGUCCUCCACGCUCGCCGCCACCGCCGCCGCCGCCGCCUCGCCGCAGGGCUUCGCGUCCCUGUGCUCGCCCGUGCCCGAGGACGACUCCGAGACUUCCCCGCGGGGGUCGCCGCGCCCCCUGGCUGACUCCACCUCCCUCUCCUCCUUCGCCCCAGACUUCUGCCCCGCCUCUGCCGCGGGGCCCUCCUCCUCCUCCUCUUCAUCCUCCUCCUCCACCUCCUCGUCCUCGUCGUCCGCCGCCGCCGCCGCCGCCGCCGCCGCUGUGAGCAGCUCGGUGGCAGAGUCCCGCGCCGCCGACAGCCGCCGCCUGAUGGAGACGUCCUCGGUGCAGCCGCCAGCCCCCCGAGACCCGCCCAAGGCCUGCAUGGAGGAGGUGGGCGGCGGCGGCCGGCUGGCUCUCACGCCCACCAACAAUAACAACACCACCACCGCUAACAACAACAACAACAACAACAACAACAGUAACAGUAGCAACAACAAUACCAGCAGCACCAUCACCACCAGCGCCAACACCAACACCAGCGGCGGCAGCCUGUCUGCCGCGGCCACCACCACCGCCAGCGGCACCGCCAGCGCCGCCGCCAACAGCGGCGCCGGGCGCGGCAUCAGCCCGCAGAAGGGCCUGGGAGGGCUGGAGCCCGUGGGCGUGAAGGGCGGCGAGGGCGGCGGCCUGGGGUGCUUCGGGUACCGCGGCGAGGAGGAGGCGGGGCUGAUCCGGCCGGCGCCCAUCACGGAGGUGCGGGCCAGCGAGGCGCGCUUCGACCUGCCGCACUCAUACACCACGCUGGACCUGGACCGCCAGGCCGCCGUGCCCGUGUCCCAGCCACACCUGCCCCCCGCGCCCCCCGCACCCGCCACCUUCGAAGCUGCCACUGUCACGGCGGGCGGUGGCUCCCUCGGCGGGGGCGCCCUCUCCACUAUGACGCCUACGCCCGGCCCUGUGGUGGGGGGUGCCGGCCCCCUGCUGCCCCCACACGGCCCCUUCGACGGCCUGAAGCCGCCGGCAUCCUCGGAGUACCCAGUCACCACAGCCCACAACACCUUCUUCAUGAACAAGGCGGCGUGCGGCGCCGAGGUGAAGGUGAACGAAGCCACGCCCUGCUCCGCCGCCUGCAUGCCCCCCGCCCCGCCGCCAAACUCCAUGUACCAGAGCCCUGGAUACCGGUACGACAGCUCCGCCAUCAACCUGAGCGUGAAGACCCCCGCCCUGGGCCCUAACCCCAUGUCCCCCGCCAGCGUGAUGGAUCUCUCGGGCCCCAUGGGUGCUGGCGGCCCCAUGGUGACCUCCCCACACUACCCCGGGCCCGGCGUGUCCCCCUGCUACAGCGGCCCCCAGCUAGUGUCCCCCGGCAGCUCCCAUGACUCCCAGCACACCAGCCAGACCCUGGACCUGUCCCUGGCGCGGCCCCCGGGCUCCCUCAGCGGCCCCACCAGCCCCGAGUACAGCCCCCCGUCACGCCUGGGGUCUGGGUACCCCGGGGGCGGCGCGCCCUACCAACAGCCAGCCAUCGACGAACAAACAGAACCUGUGGAUUUCUCAGCGCCAACUGAGCCUGUUAAUUUCAGUCUCGCCCGCCCCCUCGACUACGGCGUGACCCCUGACUACUCCCGCGCCCCCACCGCCCCCGCCUGCACGCCCCACGACAACGGGUACGCCGCCGCGCCGGACAGGACCCACGACUUCCGGAACAUGAAUGGGUACAACACGAUGACCACCCGGCCCUACGACGUGACCACCGCCUACAACCCUGGCUACAUGGGCUACCAGGGCUACCAGGGCGGAUACAUGGGGGCAGGGGGCUACGGGUCAACCAUGAGUGGGGAUUACAUGACUAGCACAGCCUGCACCACGCCCUACCAGCUGUCCCCGUCACGCUCCCAGGCCCCGCCCACACCCAUGCCUGACAGCAGCGGGGUCCGUGCUUACUCCCGCAGCAGUAGCAGAAGGGACGGGAAGGAGCUGAUUCAGUGCCCCACGCCAGGCUGUGACGGGAUGGGGCACGUGACAGGGAACUACGCUACACAUCGGAGUCCCGCUCCAAAAGCCCCUCACCUGGCCAAGUCUCUCCUCGCCCCACCACGCAGCCUGUCCGGGUGUCCCCGCGCCGACCGCUCCCAAAUCCAGCACCAGACGCAGGAGCUCAAGUGCCCCACGCCGGGAUGCGACGGCUCGGGGCACGUCACCGGCAACUACUCGUCCCACCGCUCGCUGUCUGGGUGCCCCCGCGCCAACAAGCCCAAGCACAAGCCCAAGGACACACAGGACUCAGAGCCGCUGCGCUGUCCAGUCCCUGGAUGUGAUGGGUCGGGGCACUCCACGGGCAAGUUUCUCAGUCACAGGAGUGCCUCCGGGUGUCCCAUCGCCAACCGCAACAAGAUGCGCUCCCUGGAGGGGGGCGGGGGGGCGGGGCUGGGGAUGGGCGUCACCAUGGGAGUCUCCACUGGUCUCGCGGCCAUGGGGGAACCUCGACCUCCUCUCCUGGCGGCGUCCUACUCCACGGGCGGCCCCACUGGCCCACCCACGGCCGCCCACUCCCUCUUCGCCCGCCCACUCCUUCACCCCCUCCAGCCCCCCCCCCGCCAAGAAGCUCAGGAUGGAUGACUCGUCCCUGGCCUUCAAGACAGAAGGCGAGGACCCAAUUGGCUUGGCCUCAGAGAUAUCGGAACUACAGAAAGAGAACGGUUCUAUGGAAUCUCACGUGACCAAAUUGCGCCAUGACGUCUCUUCUAUGGAGGCGGCGCUCAAGGUGGAACAGAAGCAGCCACAACGAGGAGGAGGUGAAAGAAAGAGGAGAACUACCACCAUCAUCACCUACUCCUCUUCUUUCUCCACCUCCUUCAUUGAAACUGGGGUGAGGGAAGCGGAGAAGCCAAGAAAGGAAGGAAGGAAGAAGAAAAGAAAUAGGAGUGAAAAAAGGGGUUAAGAGGAAGCGAAAGAAGGAGGAAGAAGAAAACCGAAA